CUUAGAUCCUUCUUCGGAAACGCAUCAACCAUGAAAUAUUUCGCCGUCCUUGCUCUGAUCUCAGCAGCUGCUGCAGCUAAACUGGAGAAUGUCUACCUCCCGCCCAACGCGAGGGCUUCCAGCGGCGCCAGCGCUGGUCUCCAGGCCCCCUUCGGAUCUUCAGGAUCAGCGGCUCAAGCAUCAGCCUCAUACUCCGGUGCUGCCAGCGCAUCAGCCAACGCAGAGAUUCUGAAAUACGACAACGAAAUCAACGAGGACGGAUACCAUUAUGCGUACGAAACCAGUGAUGGAACCAAAGCUGAGCAACAAGGUCGUGUGCUCCCCGGAGCGACGCCCGAGGAGGGUUCCCUCCAAGUGUCCGGGUCCUACUCUUACGUGGGUGAUGAUGGCCAGACCUACUCCGUAUCGUACACAGCAGACGAGAACGGCUACCACGCGGAGGGUGCCCAUCUGCCGACACCACCACCCAUCCCUGAAGAGAUCCUGAAGAGUCUGCAGCUAACUAGCGGUUCCAGCACAAACGAGAAUGGCUGCCACAUGGAGGAGGCCUAUCUACAGACCUCACCACCCAUCCUGAAGAGUCUGCAGCUAAAUAGCGGUUCCAUCAAUCAAUACGACAGCAAAAGGAGCAGCUACGACGCCGACGCCGGCUACUAAAUAGCGAUGUCGACUGUACAUCAACUCUGUACAGUCAAACACAGAUUGAUGUUAUUAUUUUUUUAAAUUUGUAUUAAUUUAGUUACAAAAACGUUUCUCUUGAAAUUGAUUUGUGGUUGAUUGGACAGACGGCCAG